AUGCAUCCUCAAAGAGUUCGACAUGAUGCCCUUGAUAGAAAGGGAGAAACGGCAGCCCAGCCCUUCUCUGGGCUGUGGAGAGUCUCUGAGCCAACUCUCUUCAAAGUGACCUUGGUUGCUGCUCUGUUCACUACUGUUCUUGGUGAUUGUGGCCCUCCACCUGAUUUACCAUUUGCUUCUCCAGUAAACAAGUUGAUUAAGACAGACUUCAAAACUGGAACUGCUCUGAAAUACACCUGCCAUCCUGGCUUCAGUAGAAUCGGUUCAAGUAAGAUUACCUGUAAUGCUAGAGGCUCGUGGGACUAUAGUGUCUUUUGUACCAAGAAACGAUGCAGAAACCCAGGAGACUUAAUCAAUGGGAGAGUGGAAGUUAAGACAGAUUUUCUCUUAGGUUCAACUAUAGAAUUCAGCUGCUCAGAGGGAUAUAUCUUAAUUGGCUCAACCACUAGUCAUUGUGACAUCCAAGAUAAGGGAGUUGACUGGAGUGAUCCUCUCCCAGUAUGUAUAAUUGCCAAGUGUGAGGCCCCUCCAGCCAUCAGCAAUGGGAAGCACAGUGGUGGAGAUGAAGACAUCUACACAUAUGGCUCUUCUGUCACCUACAGCUGUGACCCUCACUUCUCAAUGAUAGGCAAAGCCUCCAUUUCCUGCACAGUGGAGAAUAAAACGAUAGGUGUCUGGAGCCCAAGCCCUCCGACUUGUAAACACAUUGUCUGUCGUCAGCCACAGGUUCCAAAUGGAAUCUUUGUCUCUGGAUUUGGACCCCUCUAUACUUACAAAGACACUAUUGUGUUUGGCUGCAAGAAAGGUUAUAGCCUCACAGGCAGCAGUUUAAUCUAUUGUGAAGCUGAUGACAACUGGGACCCUCCUCCUCCUGUUUGUGAGCUCAAUAGUUGUAUUGACUUGCCAGACAUUCCCCAUGCUUUCUGGAAUGGAAUACCCUACAACCUAAGAAAUCAGGAAGUAUUUGAAAUUGGGACUGUGCUUCAAUAUCAGUGCGAGCCUGGCUACAGCCCUAUUCCAGAUGAGCCUCUGAAUGUGACCUGCCAGGAAAGUUUGAUGUGGACCCCAUCCAAAGGGUGUGAACGGAUAUGCUGCCCCAAACCAGAGGCAACAAAUAUCCGAAUCACGAGUGAAAUAGACCCCAUUGAUAGGUGUGUCUAUGGAGGCUAUGAAGACGAUAUUUCAUAUACGUGUGAUGAAGGCUUUUAUCCUGCUUCUCUUCAUGGAAAGAGUUCAUGCCAAGAAGAUGGCAAGUGGAAGCCUGUGCCAGCAUGUAAGUUAGCUACGUGUAUGAAACCAGAGAUAAAAAAUGGAAAGCUGUCUGAGGAUAAGGAUGAGUAUGUUACACCUGAAAAUGUCGCCAUCCAGUGUGACCCUGGCUAUAGUUUGGUCGGUUCCCAAAGUAUCAAAUGCUCAGAGAAGAGAACCUGGGACCCAGAGGUGCCCAAGUGUGAGUGGCUAAAUGGCACAGUUCAAGAAUUUUCUGGUACUAUCCAACCCUAAAAAUGGUGCCUCCCG